AUCAGUAUUUUAAUCCUCCAUUCCCUGUCCCUUACACCUUGUUUGAAAUGAGCACACCUUGUAUAAUCUCACGUUAUCCGGCUGGGAGUGACUUUGUUUGAACCUUCGCAACCACCGAGCCUCGGUCACCGGGCAGGGCCGAGGCCAACUUUACUUUCUUCUCAUCCGGGCAUAUCGUUAUUUGAUGUUGACCAGCAACAUGGGACUUCGUUUUAUGUCAUACCCCCAGAAUCUGCUGACGAAGUUCUCGUCCCUGUCCCCAGUAACUGCAUUUCCCAGUAUCAAAACUGUCAAAGGGGCUUUCUCUUGCAGUUGUUGUGUUGUUUGUCAAUUCAACUUGGAUGAUUUUAGCAGCAAGAAGAGGCAUUUGGAAAGAGUUUACUCCACCAAUUCAAAUGGCAAAUUUAGCAAUAAGCAGUUUAUUAGUGUUGAUUCGGAGCUUUAUGAUUAUAUUCUCUCCAAUGUUCGAGAGCCUGAGAUCCUUGCGCAACUUCGUGAAGAGACUGCCUCAAUGCGUGGUAGCAAAAUGCAGGUAUCCCCUGAUCAAGCACAACUUCUUGCAAUGCUUGUUCAGAUUCUCGGUGCUAAGAGGUGCAUCGAAGUGGGUGUUUACACUGGAUACUCGUCUUUGGCCGUAGCACUAGUCCUGCCAGAAUCAGGGCGUUUAGUUGCCUGUGACAGAGAUCUUGAAUGUCUUGAGGUUGCUAAAAGAUAUUAUGAACUUGCCGGUGUUUCACACAAAGUGGAUGUGAGACAUGGGCUUGCAGCAGAUACACUCAAAUCACUUAUUGCAAAUGGUGAAGCUAGCAGCUACGAUUUUGCCUUCAUCGAUGCCGAGAAGAGGAUGAACGAGGAAUACUUCGAGCUGCUAUUGCAAUUGGUCAGGGUUAGAGGCUUAAUUGUGAUUGACAAUGUCCUUUGGUACGGAAAAGUUGCUGACCCCAUGGUUGAUGACAAGAUGACUGAUAGCAUUAGGAGACUGAAUAAAAAGAUAAUGGAAGAUGAUCGAGUUGGAAUUAGUAUGGUACCAAUUGGAGAUGGCAUGACAAUUUGCCAAAAGAGAUGAAUGGUGCUGAUUGAAAUGAGAAGAGAUGAUAUUUUUGGUAGAAUGGAAGUUGAUUCAAUGUUGAAAACUUGAAGACCAUCAAGGGUGGUUUAACUCGUUCACAUUACCAUAGCCUGUUGGUAGUGUUGAAAUGAAUUGAAAAAUUGUAAAAAUCGUUCAAACCAACCAAAACUAGUGUUAAUUCGGAUUGAAAACUCUUCCGUUUGGAAGUUUUGAUUUUCAAGCGAAGAAAAUUGGAUAUUUUCGAUUAGUUUCGAGUUUUUUUAGACCAACUGAGUUGUUCCUUAAUAAUUAUAUUACCAAAAUGAAACAAAUGCUAGUGUUACUAUUGGUUGAGUAGGAUUUGGUGACGGCCUUGUAACUUUGAUGCUGUGUUCAAGACAAGCAUGAGAAUACACUAAUUACAUAUC